AACCAGCAUGGAUACCGGAUCUCAGCAGCCACUGAAUUCAGUUCGGUCUCUUCUCCAGUAUCCGUUCGAGAGGAGAACUAUGGUGGAAAAACGUAAUGUCAAAGAGCUCGGACCAGAUCAGCCCGACGUAAAGAUAAGCCAGCAGGACAAGGAGAUGGGUAAACUGUACACACGAGGCUUCUCCCGAAAUUGGUACACCAGGAAGGCUUGGCUAGCUGGAUGCAAUCACGCUAAUGCGUUAUUUUGCUUUCCGUUUUUGUUAUUCAAAACGGCUGGGACAGAUAAGGCAUGGAUUGAGUCAGGAGUUACAGACAUGAAACAUUUUUCUGAGAAGGUGAAGAAACACGAGUCAUCCCAGGCACACAUGGACAACACGGUGAAGCUAGCCAUGCUAGGCAGAGCUAACAUUGCCAUGCAGCUCGAUGAGGGGCACAGGCUUGCAGUGAGGAAACACAAUGAAGAAGUGGAUCGGAUGCGGCACAUUUUGUCCAAGAUAAUUGACUGUGUUAAAUUUUGUGGCGCAUUUGAGCUGGCUUUGCGUGGCCAUGAUGAGACUGAAUCCUCAGAAAACCCGGGCGUCUUCAGGGGCCUAGUGGAUCUGGUUGCUUCACUUGAUGUGUUGGAGGAUCAUCUGAAGACGGCAACAGUUUUUAAAGGCACCUCAAAGACCGUGCAGAACGAGCUGUUGGACUGUAUGUUGUCAGUUAUUAAAACCCACAUUCUUGGAGAGGUGAACAAUGCAAAUUAUCUUGCUAUUCAGGCAGAUGAGACUACAGACAUUUCCACCCGCUGCCAGUUGGUGCUUGUGUUACGGUAUCUCGACAGUCAGAACAGCAUUCAAGAGCGUUUUCUUGAGUUCAUUCCUCUUCAGAAUGCAACCGCUGACACGAUUUCCACAGCACUGUUGGAGAGGCUGAGCAAGAUCAUCCCUGCUGGAAAAGAGGGAAAACUAAUUGCCCAGGCCUAUGAUGGGGCUGCAGUGAUGAGGGGAGCCACAGGUGGAGUGCAGUGUAAGGUGAAUGAUGUGUACACAAGUGCACACUACAUCCACUGCUAUGCCCAUCAGCUGAACCUCAUCAUGCAACAGGCAACUUCACACAUCUGCAGGAUCAGAACUUUCUUUUCAGACCUUGGUAGAUUUGCUGCAUUCUUCUCCCGGUCAUUCAAGCGAACCGCUGUGCUUGAUCAAGUGGUGGCGCACAGACUUCCAGCAACUUCAGCAACCAGGUGGAACUUCCACAGUCGUGCUGUCAACACAGUGUAUGAGCACAAGGAUGACCUCCUCAGAUGUUUCCAGAUGAUCAGAGACUCGGAUGACUUUGAUCCAAUCACUGAGAGAGAGGCAGGAGGCUUUGUGAGAAUGCUGGAGGAAGAAGAUUUCUGCUUUCUGCUGGCAUUGUUUCACAAGAUCAUGCCACAUGUGGACAUGCUGUUCAACCAGCUGCAGAAGAGGAACAUUGACUCUGUCUACAUCACAGGGGUCAUCCAGAGCUUCACCAACAGCAUGCAAAAGAUCAGGGACUCCAUUCAUUCUCUGACUGAGGAAUGCAGCGCAUCAAUGCAGCAGCAGCCAACAAAGAAACUGAGGACGUUUGGCCAGGGAGAACAACAGCAGCUGGGUGCAGAGGUUUGUGACACCAUCCUGAGCCAUGCAAAAGAGCGAUUCUCUUUUACCAAGCACCUCGUUGCUGCCACUCUGCUACAAAGUGACUUGUUUGUGCAACACACAGCGCAGUUCCCAGAUGCAGCACUGGCAACCACUGUAGAGGCCUACCCCAUGCUGAACAAAGCUAAGCUCAGAACAGAGCUAUCCCUCAUCUAUGAGAACCAUGAGUUCAGGGCUUGCAGUGGUGCACUGACUCUCUUCCAGUUUUUCAUGGAGAACAAUCUUCAAAGCACGUUCACAGAGACUGUCACUCUUUUGAAGAUUCUUGUCACCACACCCAUGACCACAGCCGAAUCAGAGAGGUGCUUCUCUACUUUAAAGAGGAUUAAGACUUUCCUGAGGAACACCAUGUCACAGGAUCGGCUGAAUGCUCUUGCCAUGCUCUCCAUGGAAAAAAAGCUUGUCACAAACAUUCCUGACUUCAAUAAAAAGCUAAUCGAGAGCUUUGCCAAUCAGGACAGAAGGGCAAAAUUUCUGUACAAAUGAGGUGUCACACACACACAAAUGCAUCCACUUGAUCUUUGUAUAAAGUUGACCUUAGCACAACACUCCAGAAAUAUUUUAACAGUGUAAAUUUCUGGCAUUUUGUCUAAGUACUGUUUACUACCAUUACUGUAACAGUGACCUGCUCAUAAUUUUUCGUGUUCACUCAAAUGUUGAAAUUAAACAAAAUGUUUUUGUUACUUGCCUCUUGCAUUGCCUAUUUAUGGUCAUGUUAUUUUAUGUGCAAUUUAAUGCAGUAUUUUUCAACCUUGGUCUGCAAGGCAGCGUGCCAAUAGUCAGACACACCUGGAUUAAUCAGUUUGUCCAAUGAUGUAAGACAGGAAAUAAAAUAGCUGUGCUUAAUUCAGGAAAUAGUGAAGUUGUGCACAAAGCUCAGAAAGCACAAGUUUGUUUAAAAAAAAUAGCACAGCCCCACCAAAAAUAUUUUUCACCAGCCGCCACUGAUCAUGAUCUAGAUGGAGAGAAAACACAACGGAGAAGUGGAGACACUAUGAGGGUAAAAAAACCGCUUUUCAAGAAAAUGCUGGUAAAUGCACAUGUGACAAACAGUGUCUGUGAGAAUGAGAAGAGCAGAAGGUCUGCACUAUGUCCUAUAACAGAACUGU